AUGUGUAUCCUUGGUCAUUUGCUCUUCUUACCACCCAUUUGGGUUUUCGGUUUCUCCUUCUUCUCCAUUUCAUCUACUUCCCAAGAAAUCCCUAUUUCCCCAGGGCCUCCCAUUGUUAAUAAAGUGGUGCUUCGUCAGGACUUGAACAAGAAGAUUCUUAUUGCUCUUGUUGUCUCCUCAACACUCCUCUGUCUCACUCUACUACUGCUUCUCUACCUCUUCCUAUGGAGGUACAGAUAUAUCAAGAACAGCUUCACCGGGAUCAACCCAAAUCAUCCUACUGAUUCCGUGAAGAGUGGUGUGUCCACCAAACCGAUUGUACACAAGAUUGAUUCUGUUGUGAAGAAAGGAAGUAUCCCUCUCUAUGAAUAUCAACUCCUGGAAACUGCAACAAACAAGUUUAGCGAGAGUCAUGUGUUGAGCCGUGGUGGUCGUGGAUGCCUCCUAUACAGAGCUUGUCUUGAUGAAAAGUCCUCUGUCACUGUGAAAAAACUUGAUGUUGAUUGUGGGGAUACAGAAGACAUUAUUGAAAAACAGUUUGAGAAUGAGGUAGAUUGGUUGGCUAAGAUCAAACAUCAGAAUAUAAUCUCCAUGUUGGGGUUUUGCGUCUAUCGCCAAACGAGAUGUAUUGUGUAUGAAACGAUGCAGAAUGGAUCUCUGGAGAGUCAGUUGCAUGAGUAUCUUCACGAGCACUGCCAUCCUCCACUAGUUCACAGAGAUUUGAAAUCGUCUAACAUCCUUCUUGACUCCCAUUACAAUGCAAAGAUAUCAGAUUUUGGGUAUGCCACAGUGUUAAUGACUCAGAGCAAGAAUCUGAAGCUUACUGGAACGUUAGGAAACAGAGCUUCCCAUUAUCUUCUCGAUGGGAAAGUAACAGAGAAGAAUGAUGUAUACUCUUUUGGGGUGAUUCUCCUAGAACUUCUCCUGGGAAAGAAACCAUCAGCUGAACCAGAAUCCAUUGUCACUUGGGUACCAAAGCUAAGUGACAGAGCUAAUCUUCCAAACAUAUUGGAUCCUGUAAUCAAAGGAAGCAUGGAUUUGAAGCAUCUUUAUCAGGUCGCAGCGGUUGCAGUGUUGUGUGUGCAGCCAGAGCCGAGUUACAGACCACUUAUAACCGAUGUGUUACACUCACUCAUCCCUCUUUUACCACUAGAACUCGGCGGAUCAUUGCGGAUUUUGUAA